AGCAGAGCAGACGCAGGACGGCAGGACACCAUCACCAUCACGGGGCAACAAAGGGACGCGUGGUUCAUCCGAGGCUCAAAUUAAUAAAAGAUUACCCGACACACGCGCCGUUUCCACACACCAGCUGAUCGCAUCCAUCCUCACCCCGAAGAGUGUGAUAGCACAGCACAGUCAUGGAGCUGGAGCACUUUGAUGAACGGGACAAGGCUCAGAGAUACACCCGGAGGGGCUCGAGAGGGAACGGGCUCCCCAGUCCCACUCACAGCGCUCACUGCAGCCUGUACAGAACCAAGACCCUGCAAACCCUGAGCUCAGAAAAGAAGGCCAAGAAGAUCCGCUUCUACCGCAAUGGGGACCGCUACUUCAAAGGCAUCGUGUAUGCCAUUUCUCAGGAGAGAUUUAGGUCACUGGAAGCCCUCCUUGCUGACCUCACAAGAUGUCUGUCAGACAAUGUCAACUUGCCCCAAGGGGUGAGGACCAUUUACACCAUUGAUGGGAUGUCCAGGAUCUCCAGCAUGGACCAGCUGGAGGAAGGGGAGAGCUACGUUUGUGCAUCCAUAGAGCCCUACAAGAAGGUGGACUACACGAGGAAUGUAAAUCCCAACUGGUCCCUCGGGGCGAAGACUGCCGUGUCUGUCCGUGAUCCUUCGUCUCUUGGAAGCACCAUGGCCGGAUCCCCGGAAACCAGGGAGAGCAAAGACUUCAUAAAGCCCAAACUGGUAACAAUUGUCCGCAGUGGAGUAAAACCUCGUAAGGCUAUACGCGUCUUGCUCAACAAGAAGACCGCACACUCCUUUGAGCAAGUAAUGACCGACAUCACCGAUGCCAUAAAGCUGGACUCUGGAGUCGUCAGGAGGCUGUACACCGUUGACGGCAAAAUGAUCUCAUGCCUUCAGGACUUUUUCGGGGAAGAUGACAUAUUCAUCGCCUGUGGUCCUGAAAAGUUCCGCUACCAAGAUGAUUUCAACUUGGAUGAAACUGAGUGCAGGGUGGUAAAAUCUGCAUCCUAUGGUCGGCUCCCUAUAGUGCAAAGUCGCUCCCCAAGAAGUGGUGGGAUGUCCCGCAGAAGCAAAUCUCCUUCGUCCAGCUGUUCAGCUAAUGGCACUGCAGGCAGCCAGCUGUCCACACCUCGCUCUGGUAAAUCUCCAAGCCCUUCUCCAACCAGUCCAGCUAGCCUCCGAAGGAGACAGGGAUCUCAACACAGUGGUUCUUCACUCUCUUUAGCCUCUACAAAAGUGUGCAGCUCAGUAGAUGAUGAAGGGCAUUACAAUGAGACUGAUCUGAUGGAUGAGUCCUCCAUGGUUCCUGCCUCCAUUGCAGACAGGUACAAAGUAGGGAGGACUUUGGGAGACGGGAACUUUGCGGUGGUCCGAGAGUGUGUGGAGAGAUCCACUGGAAGAGAGUACGCUCUCAAAAUCAUUAGUAAAAAUAAAUGCAGGGGAAAGGAGCACAUGAUCCAGAGUGAAGUAUCCAUCCUCCGGCGUGUGAAGCAUCCAAACAUUGUGCUUUUAAUCGAGGAAAUGGACACCCACAAUGAGCUCUAUCUUGUAAUGGAACUGGUCAAGGGGGGAGAUCUUUUUGAUGCCAUCACCUCUUCUAACAAGUACACUGAGCGAGAUGCCAGUGUCAUGCUGUUCAACCUGGCAAGUGCUAUUAAGUACAUUCACGGUCUCAACAUUGUCCAUCGAGACAUAAAACCUGAAAACCUUUUGGUGUACGAGCAUAACGACGGCAGUAAAUCUCUGAAGUUGGGUGACUUCGGCUUAGCUACCGUUGUCAAUGGGCCUCUUUAUGCUGUGUGUGGCACGCCCACUUAUGUAGCACCGGAAAUUGUUGCUGAAACGGGAUACGGCCUCAAGGUUGACAUUUGGGCUGCUGGUGUUAUAACGUACAUUCUUAUGUGUGGCUUUCCGCCUUUUCGUGGCAGAAGUGAGGACCAGGAGGCUCUCUUUGAACAGAUUUUGAAGGGCCAACUAGAGUUCCCAGCACCAUACUGGGAAAAUGUGUCUGAAACUGCCAAGGCUCUGAUCACUGGAAUGCUGCAGGUCGUGGUGGAUCAAAGAUACACAGCUGUGCAGGUGCUUGAUCACCCCUGGGUCAAUGGUGAUGGUGUGUUAGAGAACGAGCAUCAGCUUCUUGUGGCCGGGAAGAUCAAGAAGCAUUUCAACCCUGGACCCAAGCUCAACAACACCACAGCAGGCGUCUCGGUCAUUACAACCACGCCACUUGAUAAAGAGAAGCAAGUUCUCCGACGAAGACGCCACCAGGAUGUGAAGCCGGCCUCCCCCAUCCCUCACGGUCCCGCGGCCGGUGCCUCCCACAGCACCAACCCCGUCCUCUCCCCCGCUGGCUUCACCUCCGGAUCCGAAAACCUCUCUCCAAAUUCAGCUGACACUGUCCAUUCACCCAUUUCCCCAUUCUAAAAGUUUUCAUAAGAAUUCAGCACAGUCCAGUUCUGUGCAGGGAAGGUUGGAGCACAAAAGGGGGGAAAAAAAAAAAAAAAAAAAAAAAAUCAUAUUGUUGGCAGAUCAAAAUACUCUUAGAACAUAUGUCCAUCCGCUUAAGGAACUACUCUCACAUGAAAGAAUACAGAUUAGUAGCAUGCAGCAGUUUUUAAAGGGGUAUGAAAUGCAUUUCUGAGUGUAUUUCAUAACAUUUUUUUUUUGAAGCUCUGACACACUGUUGAAUAAUGCAGUUUUGAAAUAGCAAGGUGAACUUGUAUAGUGAAACAAGGUAUCAUGGACCCAGUUCCCUUUUUAAAAGCUCCUGAUUUUUGAGUUGUGGUGAAAAUUAUUCUUAGUGAAACUUUAUUCCAUGUGUCAACUUUGCAAAUACAUUUGUAUGUUUGAGUCUGACAUGGGUGUGCAAGUUGUCAAGUAGCUAUAAAAGCAGUAGUACACAUAGGUUAGUGGCAUGCAUCAACAGUCUUCAAUGAGUAAUGGAGACAGAAACGUUAAUGGGGGCUUGAGUCCUGGAACCUGUAUUAUGUUACAUAGACCUCUGAUUUGAAUGAGUUUAAAAGAAAGUUUUUAAAAAAUCAUCUUAAUUUUUACUUCUUUUCGAAAGGCCGCCAAACUGUUAAAGCCUUAAUUCUACACAGCAAACAGUGGUUCGCAGUACUUUAGCGCCCUCUACUGGUUAACAUUGUAUACUGCAGGGAAGACCACCACUUUUGCUUUAUAAUGGAUGUAUUCAUGAAAACCUUACCUUUUUUAUAAAUAUUAGAUGACAUGUUCAGUACAUAUCACUUCUCAGAAAUUUAAUCUCACGUUUGAUAAUUCACUCCAUACAAUAGUAACGGUCAACUUUCUUGUUUUCUGCAAUUCAAAGUUGUUGUGCUUAAAUUUUGGGCCCAUUGUUUGAAAUGGCAUAAGCAAUAGAAAAAGAAAUGCUGCUUUAUGGACCACAGGUAUUAUACAGGAUAAUUGUCCUGUAGGUUGUCUCAAACAUGAAAGACGCUGACAGUUGAUGGUCUAACUCACCUGUUUGCUUGAGGAUGUUUACUGAAAUGGUUGAUGUUGCGUGUCCGAGUGGCUGUAAUGGUCGUGGUGCAGAUGAAUGUCAGUGCUGUAUAGUCCGUAGCAAUUAAGGCCUUGUUUUGGCACGUACGGAUAAAAGUGCAAUUAGGUGUCCUGUUCAAUGAGCACAGUAUCAAAUACAUCUUUUAAAACGCUUGCAUGACCAAGAAUGUGUUGCUGAGAUUUCUGGCAGCCAAUUGACACGUGUCCGUCAUAUGACGAUUAUUGGUACAACAUGUAGUAUUUUCAGACUAAAAUAACAAUUAAAAACAACAGUGCUUCCAGUAAAUUGUUUUAUUUUUUUCCAUUCAGACUUUUGACUAUUUUUUUUAGCGUUCAAAUGAUUAGUGGCCGUGUGUGUGUGUGUGUGUGUGUGUCCUCUUGGCAUUAUGUGCAUUAGUUCAUCAGAUUUAAUAUUCAAAGGUGUUAAUGUCCACUUCAAACUGUAACCUGCAUGCCAGUAACUAUACAUACCACAGUUGUUCUGUAUGUUGACUCUUUGACGUGCAUUUGCUGUCAUAGUUAUGCUGUCAGGAUGAAUGGAUUUGUUACAGCAUACCAUGGUCGUAUGAGAGCAGGAUUAAAAUGUGUGUGUGUGUGUGUGUGUGUGUGUGUAUGUACAUAUUUAAACAGCAAUGCAACUUCAACCCAUUGAUUAAAAGGGCUUUUAUGUUGUUUAAAGAGACGAGAAACCAAGCACAAGGAAAUAAGAGGAUAAUGAAUGACUAUGUGGCAAAGUGAUAUCUAUUCUUACAUGUCUGAAAAACAUGUAAUGUUUAGGUACAGUUUGGAAGAAAUGACAUUGGAAUGAUAUGUGACCUGGGAAUGAUGUUGAUAAAGCAGAUGGGAAAUGUGAAUGCUGCGUUAUUCACCCAUACUCUGUAAAGAUGUUAUGAUAAACCAAAAUGAGUACCCAUACAAAAAUAAAAAUCACAUUUUCAAUAUUUACUCUGUAAGGAAAAAGCCAGAAUAAAGCUAAUUUGAGUCGGAGGCAAACUAUUUGAACGACUGAUUUUUAGCAGGCUUGCACCAACCCGAUUAGACAGCAGAUGGCGCCAUAGCCAAAUAUUUAUUUAUACCGUUCACGUUUCAUUUAUACUGCGGAAGGAAAUCAGUUUAAUCAAAUUGCCCAU